AUGGAUCGUACUUGGAUGUACGAUAGAGUAUAUUCCAAUAGACACGGAUUGAAAGAAGAGUAUGUUCGCGGGGUUAAAGACUUCGUAAAGAGGGCUUUGAAACAACCUAUUUGUAAAUCUGAGGGAGGGAUAAGGUGUCCGUGUAUAAAUUGCAAGUGUCUCAAGAUAAGAACACCAACUAAUGUUAGACUUCACUUGUAUCGAGAUGGAUUUCAACCAGACUAUUGGAUUUGGACUCAACAUGGAGAAGUAGAGCUCAAUGUUAAUACAAGGAAUGAUUCAAAUAGUAGUGAGCAUGUGCAUCAUGAUGACCAAAUUGAGGCAAUGAAUCAGAUGGUGUAUGAUGCUUUUAGGCCUUAUGGAGUAUUCUCUCACGUGAAUGAUAACAUAGAAGUUGAGGAAUAUACGGAGGAUGAGUUUCCCAACGAAGAUGCCAAACGAUUUUAUGACAAGUUGAUAUCUUUCAACAAGCCCAUUUAUGAGGGAGCUACCCAAUCAAUAUUAUCAAUAUCUACUCAACUUCUUGAAAUUAGGUCUAAUUGGCAUGUACCACAAAAAGGUUUAGAUUUUGUUGCACAAAUGCUUAAAAGUGUAUGUCCAGUUCAAAAAUGCUUGCCCGAUAACUAUUACCAAGCAACACAGUUGGUAUCUAAGUUAGGGCUAAAGGUUGAGAAGAUUGAUUGUUGUAAGAAUGGUUGUAUGUUAUAUUACAAGGAUGAUAGCAAUCUAUCAGAGUGCAAAUUUUGUAAUGCUCCUAGGUUCAUUCCUCGCAAGACUGGCAUGGGAAAGUACAAAGAUAUCCCAGUGAAGAGAAUGUUCUACUUCCCAAUCAUUCCCAGAUUACAAAGAUUGUAUGCAUCAACUGAGUCGGCAAGUGAAAUGAGAUGGCAUCACAUGAACAAAAAUAGUUCCAACAUCCUUCGCCACCCGUCAGAUGGAAAAGCAUGGAAACAUUUUGAUAGUGUAUAUCCUGACUUUUCUAGGGAACCCAGAAAUGUAAGGUUGGGUCUGUGUUCAGAUGGUUUUACUCCUUACAUUCAAGCGUCUGCUUCUCCAUACUCAUGUUGGCCAAUAAUAGUUACUCCGUAUAAUCUCCCCCCUGAAAUGUGCAUGACCAAACCAUACUUGUUUUUGGCAUGCCUCAUACCCGGACCUAAAAACCCUAAAUUAAAGAUAGAUGUCUACUUGCAACCAUUGAUUGAUGAUCUACAUCGAUUGUGGUCCAAUGGAAUAUUGACCUAUGAUAUAUCUACAAAACAAAACUUCAUCAUGAAAGCCUGCUUGAUGUGGACAAUUAAUGAUUUUCCAGCCUAUGGUAUGUUAUCUGGAUGGGGAACACAAGGUAAAUUGGCAUGCCCUCAUUGUAUGGAACACACUGAUGCUUUCACCUUGAAAAGUGGCCAUAAGAAUUCCUGGUUUGACUGUCAUCGUCGUUUCUUGCCAUCUAAUCACUCCUUCAGAAGGAGUAAAAGAAGUUUCCUAAAAAAUAGGGUUGUGACCAAUGAGCCACCUCCCAUUUCCACAGGGAAAGAUAUAUGGGCGGUAAUAAGUAAUUUUCCAAAAGUUACUGAAAUUGGAUGGGAGGCGAAAUGGAAAGAAUUCGAAGGAAAAAACGUCUUCGAUAAUAUAUUUAAUACUGUCAUGAAUGUUAAGGAUAAAACAAAGGAUAAUGAAAAGGCAAGAGAAGACUUGGCUAAAUUAUGCUUUCGCGGGGACUUGGAGCUCCAACCCUUAGAAAACGGAAAGAAUGGUAAACCAAAGGCUAGUUACACUCUAACCAAAUCUGAAGCCAAGUUGGUUUGUAAAUGGCUUAAGGAAUUGAGAAUGCCAGAUGGCUAUGCUUCAAACCUCAGUAGGUGUGCGAAUGUAGAAAAGGGUACGGUGCAUGGGAUGAAGAGCCAUGAUUGUCAUGUUUUCAUGGAAUGUUUACUCCCAAUUGCAUUCCAUUCAUUGCCAGAUUUGGUUUGGAAACCAUUAACUGAGCUAAGUCGAUUCUUUAAAGAUCUUUGUUGCAAUACAUUGAGGAUGGACGACUUAAUUAAGUUGGAUGAGAAUAUUCCAAUUAUCAUAUGCAAGUUGGAAAGGAUUUUUCCACCAGGUUUCUUUGACUCAAUGGAGCAUCUUCCAAUCCAUCUUGCGAAAGAAGCAAUUCUAGGUGGUCCAGUACAGUACCGAUGGAUGUAUCCAUUCGAAAGAUUUAUGGGAGUCUCAAAGAGGGCAGUGACAAAUAAGGCUAGAGUUGAAGGUUCCAUAUGCAGUGAUUAUAUACAUCGCGAGACAAAUUACUUUUGCUCUCAUUAUUUCAACUCUUUCCGUUUGUUGCCAACCAUAAAUCUUAGUAACAAACCUCAUUUAGACAAUGAUGACAUUCUACCUACAAUGUCCAUUCUACAAAGUGGCGGUCGACCAAGUGGGAAGUCACGAAAAUAUUUUCUAUCUGAUAAGGAAUGGAAGUCUUCACAUGUGCAUGUCUUGAUAAAUUGUGAUGAGGUUAAACCAUAUCUUGACAUAUUCUUAGAGAACCACUCUCUAGAUAUAGAAGAUUCAUCUGGGCGCAUACAUAUAGAGUUUCCCAUAUGGCUGAAGAAAUAUGUAAAUGAGGAGACAAAUGGAGUUACUAACCAAGAUAUAAUUGCCUUGUCUCGCAGUCCUGCAUCAAUGGCCAUAUCAUGGAACAUGUAUUUUAUCAAUGGGUACAAGUUUCAUACUGAAGAAUGGAGCAAAGGUAGAAAAACUAGCAAUUGUGGUGUGCACGUGAAAGGUCUUGCAGAAGGAGGAAAUACUGAUUUUUAUGGAAUAAUCAAACAUAUCUUUGAGCUAGAUUACUUUGGUCUGAAGCAUAAGAUUCCAGUUUUUUAUUGUGAAUGGUUUGAUCCAACAAGGAAUACGGGUACAAAGGUUCACCCACAAUAUAAAACUGUGGAUAUUAAGAUGGAUAAACGUUAUCGUCCUUAUGAUCCUUUCAUCCUUGCGCAAAAUGCAAGACAAGUGUAUUAUGUCCCAUAUCCAGAAAUGUGUAGAGAUAUGCGUGGAUGGUGUGCGGCAAUCACCACAAAACCAAGGGGUCGCGUAGAGAUUGACAACAUAGAGGAUGAAGUACCUUAUCAAUCUGAUGGGAUGUUACCGGCGCUACCCAAUGUAGAAAUUGAAGCAAUAUCUUGUUUGCGUGACAUGUCACAAUUAGAUGUGUUUGAAGAGAUUUUUGAUUGCUCUACUAGUGAAGCAGAUAGAGGGCAUUGA